CCUAAACUGUCAACUAUUCGAAGGACAACAAAAACAAACUGGAUCCCAGUUGUAACCGUGUGGACUCGGUUCUGUCGGGCUCAGGUCCGGCUCGGUUCUUUGCGGAACCCGUCCAGCCCCCCUCGGACCCACACUCAGGGCUGUUGUCAGCCUGAUGGCGCCGUCCGGACCGGGUUUUUGUCUGAGCUGAAGACACUUCCUCAGAACUGGAACCAUGGAGUCGUCGUCUGAUGAAGACGAGGUUCGGACCUUCGUCCAGGUCCUCAGUGACAAGUACAACCCAGAGAACUUCCCCUACGGCCAAGGCCUGGGCGUGGUGCUGGUGCCCAGUCCUCCAGGGUCCCCGGUCAAAGAUCGUCUGUUCUUACCCAACGUUCUGGUGCUGAACUACUGUGGGAUCAGUAAAGCUGGCGACAGGACUGACAUCGCAGCGUUCUGUGGACACGUGGUGGAACUGGACCUGUCCUACAACCAACUGAACGACUGGGCUGAGAUCUCCACCAUCGUCUCCAACAUCCCUAACCUGGACUUUGUGAAUGUGAGCAUGAACCCUCUGAGUGAAUCCAGACUGGAGCCUCACAUGGCCCAGACCUUCUGCAGGGUCCGACGCCUAGUCCUCAUCAACACACACAUCAGCUGGGACACCGUGCACACGCUCACACAACACACGCCUGAACUCCAGGAGCUGUUCCUGUGUCUGAACGGCUACAGCUCGGUGGCUCAGUCCCAGACCACCUGUCCGUCCCUACGCCUGCUGCAGAUCACAGACAACCAGCUCCAGCUCUGGACUGAAGUCCGCAAGUUGGGCCUCAUGUACCCACGUCUGAGCACGCUGGUGUUGGCCAACAACAACGUCCGCUCAGUGGACGACACCCAGGAUGCACUGCAGCGCCUUUUCCCAAACCUGCGCAGCAUCAACCUCAACAACUCAGGGCUCAGUAAAUGGGAGGACAUCGAGCGGCUCAACUACUUUCCUAAACUGGAGGAAGUGAAGGCCAAGGGGAUUCCUCUGCUGCAGCGCUAUGACACCCAGGACAGACGCAGCCUCCUAUUAGCACAACUCCCUUCAGUCCUUCUGCUGAACGGCAGUGCAGUGUCUGAUGGAGAGAGAGAGGACGCCGAGAGGUUCUUCAUCCGAUACUACCAGGACUGUCCAGAGCAGGAGCUGCCCAAAAGGUACCACAUCCUGGUGUCCAAAUAUGGACACUUGGCCCCUCUGGCUGAGGUGGACCUGAGCCCCCGCUGCACCAGGGUGGAGGUGCGCUGGGGGGAGCGUCUGGAGGUGGUCAGCCUGCACCUGGAACAGACGGUGGGGGAACUGAAGAAGCAGCUGAAGGCCGUGCUGCAGCUGCCGUCCAACGGCAUCCGCCUCUUCUACAUCAACAGGGAGAUGUGUGCGGUGGUGGGACCAGAGGAGCUGAAGGUGGGCUGCAGAGCGCUGCACUCCUACGGCAUCCGAGACGGAGACGAGAUCCUGGUGGUGCCCAAAGCCAAGAGCCGCUGCAGCUCCGCCCACCUUUGAGUCCAGCUCCUCCCACCUUUGAGUCCACAGGUUUGGACAGUGUCGGGUUAAAGGGACGUUAAUGUUAGAGAGUGAACACAUACUGACACUGAACUGACCUACAGCUUUAAAAAAACAAAAAAGAAAAAAGGGUUAGAAUUCUCAACCUUGAAUGUAAACACAUCUGCUGCCCGUUGUGUUGAAGAAAUUUAUACAGGAGUAUAGAUGUUGCACAGAGGAUCUGCAGAUUCACACAGACUUAUCUGGAGUGCACAUCCUACAUUUGCUGUUUUGCAGCUUAAGCUAAAAAUGCAGUUCACAUCUCAUGUAAAACACGUUCCUGGAAACCACAGAAUGACAACUGUCCCUUUAAGGAG